AUGGCUCACGAUCCGUUCAAGACCACCUUCCCGUUUGCUCGUAUCUUAACUGAGGGUGGAGGCUUCGCGGCAUACCAUGGCCUUGGGAAACCUUAUGUGGCCGGUGCGCCUCUUGGCCAGGCCAGCCCUAGGUUGCAGGAGAACCUUGAUACCGAACUGCCUCCUCAAGCUUCAUUCCUCACCUAUAAGCAUCUGUCAUUCCCAAACUUCAUCACUCAUUCACUGUUCUUCUAUCAACCAAGCAUCCAUCCUCAUCCAGCAUCACUUAUCAGUCAAGCCUCGCAUUCUACCCAAGCGUCUUGGCACAGUGGACGCAAACGACAUCACAAGAAGCACUACUCCACAACACAGCUAUCAACCACCAAGAUGAAGUCUGCCGCUGCCAUUUUCGCCAUCCUCUCCAGCGUCUCUCUUGCAGUCGCAGGAGAAAUUGGAGGGCCAAAGGAGGAAGAAAAGCUUUCGAGGGGACCACUUCCCCUUCACCAGCUCCCCGAAUGCUGGCAGGGUUGUCUACAAAGCGAGAAUCACUGGUACCGACCCGACAUUAAUAAAGUCAGCGUCUACUACUUCUGUGUGGACCCGCUAUUCGAUACCCGCUUCUGGUCUCUACAUGCCCUUGCUACAUGCACGGCUGGCGCUUGCAGCAAAGCUGAGGCUUACGUGGCGCAAGACUGGUACUUUGAUAUUUGCCAAAUGAACUAA